AAGAAAAAAUAAUUGUCAGUUGGCUGCUAAACGUCAAUUUCAUUUCUCUCUCUUCUUGCAUGCAUAAACACACCACAUGACCCUUUUCAUAUGCAUCUAUCUGGUAUUCCAAAUCCAAUGAUUAACCUGCCUCUCUCAUCACUUUCUCUCCUAAUCCAUCCAACAAAACCUUCCCCCUUCUUUAAUUAUUUAUCCCUAAUUAUUCACACAUCUCAAUCACACCCACACGCUACCAAAUAUACAUAUGCUAAAACUUCCAUUGUCCUUUUAUAUAUAUUCUCAACUACUCUAUACUUCAGCCAUAAACUUGUCAAAGAAACAGGGAAGCAAACAUGGAAACAACUUCGUGGGUUAAUCCCAAUGUAUGACUUAUUUCUCAAGAGAAACUUGAGCCACCAUCCCUUAACUGGCCCCAUUCAUCCUCUUCCUGAUUUGCAAGGGCACAGCUAAGUUUUCCGCCUGUAAACUUAAACCCCAACAAUUUCCUGCAGAGAAGGGGGGGAAUGCGUCCAUUUUUCAGUUUUGAAUGAAAAUACUGAACCUGGCAAGGUUAGAGAAAAGUCCUAUCGAUGGAGAUUCAUUUAGAGAGACAGAAAGAGCAGAAACUAUCUCUCUCAGCUGCCUUCUCUCUCUCUCCAUCAUCAUCAUCAUCAUCUUCUACUUCCUGCUCUUCCUCAUCUUUCCAUAAUGAUGCAUAUAGCUUUCCAGUUCAGAAUGAGGACCGAUCGUGGAAUACUCCACGACUGAGAUUUAUUGACUUUCUUCGUGACAACGGAAGGGAAUGGAAGUUGGCAGAGAAGCGGUUCGAUCAGCUGUCUUGGACCAGUGUUGGCUCUGAACCAGCCGUGAAGUGGUCUAAUUUUGCCUUCUGUAUAGGAAUGUCAGAGUCCCAGGAGUUUGCUUAUGAAGUGUUGAGGGCGCUGAGAAGAAGAAAGGGUUGGAGAACAGAAAUCACCAAAAGUGAAUUUCAUAUUCUCUGGUGUCGGAUAACUCACUCGAGUGUUAAAUCAAGAACAAGAAUUCUAUUUGACCUUUGUGAUAAGAACAUGGAUGGAAGGGUAACUGAGAAAGAUAUCAAACAGAUAAUACUAUUAACUGCUUGUACCAAUAAGUUGUCUGUGACCCACGACGAAGCAGAAGAUUAUGCAGCCUUAGUCAUGGAAGUGCUAGAUGAAGAAAAACAGGGCUAUGUUGAGCUACCUCAAUUUGACAAGCUCUUCAAGAUAAGCGCACCAAUGGCUCUAUCCCAUCUAAACAAACAGUCAUCAAAUGCACGCCCUGAGCAUCGCCAUGACCCAUUUCAAGAGUCAAUAUGGGAGGUUGAAAUGUUGUUUAGAUCUCAAUGGAGACGAGCAUGGAUUGUGGCUUUGUGGUUGAUCAUAUGCCUUGCAUUAUUCACCUGGAAAUUCAUUCAAUACCGCCAACGAAAGGCAUUUGAAGUCAUGGGCUAUUGCCUCUCAACUGCCAAGGGGGCAGCAGAGACAUUGAAAUUUAACAUGGCUCUAAUCUUGCUCCCUGUUUGCCGAAACACAAUUACAUGGCUUCGCAGAAAUUUGUCUCUGAACACAGUCAUUCCUUUCAACGACAGUUUAAACUUCCACAAGUUAGUUGCAGGAGGCAUUGUAGUAGGAGUUAUCCUUCAUGGAGGAACCCACCUUGUUUGUGAUUUUCCAAGAAUUAGUAGUUGUGACAAGUCAAUUUUUCAGCAAACUAUUGCUGCCCGGUUCAACUACCAUCAGCCAUCUUACGUUGAAAUCUUGGCCACAACUGAGACUUUAACAGGCAUUGUUAUGGUCAUAUUGAUGGCAAUUGCAUUUUUGCUGGCUACAAAGUGGCCACGCCGCAAUUCAACCUCACUUCCAAGGUCCAUCCAACAAGUCACAGGAUACAAUACCUUUUGGUAUUCCCACCACUUGUUCAUAUUUGUGUAUGCAUUACUCAUCAUUCACUCGAUAUUCUUAUUCCUAACUGACAAAGCAACCGAAAAAACGGCUUGGAUGUAUAUAGCAAUACCAGUUUUAUUAUAUACUGGAGAGAGGAUUUUUAGAGCCAUUAGAUCUUGUUUGUACGAAGUGAAAGUUUUGAAGGCGAGGACUUAUUCAGGGAAAGUUUUAUAUCUCGGAUUGAGCAAACCAGAGAGAUUUAAGUAUCGAAGUGGGAUGUAUGUAUUAAUUCAGUGCCCUCAAAUCUCCCCAUUUGAAUGGCACCCGUUUUCAUUAACUUCUGCACCACAAGAUAAUCACCUCAGCGUGCAUAUCAGAAAUCUGGGAGACUGGAGUUAUGAGCUCUACAGCCUGUUUCAAGAGGGAAUGUCUCCUGCUUCAAAGGAGUACCCGAAAAUAUUCAUUGAUGGACCCUAUGGUGCUGCUUCUCAAGACCAUGUCAAGUACAACCAUGUGGUGCUAAUUGGCCUGGGUAUCGGAGCCACACCCUUCAUGAGCGUCCUAAAAUAUGUUCUAAACAGGUUUACUGGGAAAUGUGAUGGUAAUACUGACAAUGGAGAAGGCAGCCUAAGUACAUCCAAAACCUACCUUUACUGGGUUACGAGAGAGCAAAGCUCCUUUAAUUGGUUUAAAGAUUUCAUGAACGAUUUAACACUUUCAGAGAAAACUCAGUCAGCUGUGGAGAUGCACAAUUUCCUCACCUGUGUAUAUCAGGAAGGGGAUUUAAGGUCUGUUUUGAUAAGAGCAAUUCAAGCUCUGCAUUAUACUCAAAGGGGCAUCGACAUCGUCUCCAGGACUCCUGUACGCACGCUUUUUGGUCGGCCAAACUGGAUAACCAUCUUCUCGAAUUUGGCUGAGAGGCACAAUGGAGAAAGAAUUGGGGUUUUCUACUGUGGUCCAUCGGCAUUGGCAAGAGAACUGGAGGGGUUAUGCACCAAGUUCUCCACCAAAACCUCAACUAGAUUUGUAUUCCACAAGGAGAACUAUUAAUUUAACAACAUUUUCCAAGUAUACAAAAUUGCACCGCUUCCGCAGGUGGAAAUGGCACAACAGCCAAAUAAUAUUUAUAGCAUUACAGUGUA